AUAGAUUAAUUUUUUUAAUCUAGAUUAAUCUCACUGUAAUCUUGGAAUUAAUCUAGAUUAAAAUGGCUCAUUUGAAUUCUGCCAAGUAGAUCAGAAUAAAUUCACUACUAGUAGUAAACAACUAGCAGUCAUCAAGAAUUUAAUAUUGAUAACAUUGAAGACAUUGUAUGAUUAUUCCUUAAAGAUAAGGUUUUAAUAGUUUUAGUAGUAGUAGCCUAUUACAUUCUGCCCAAUGUCUUCAAGUGAAACCGAACUUUUAUUUUGACGGGUUGCCGUGAGGAUAGUUUUUCUCAAAUGAAACGCUCGAAGGCUCAUGAAGUGACUCUCAGAGCAGUUCUGGAGAUGGAAAGGAGCUAGCAGACACGUGAUUCGCUGAAGCAAGGUGGACUAGUACGCGGUGCAGGAAGUGCUCGCAGACCGAUAACCAGCUGAUAGAUCGAUUUUGUGAAUCGUGGAAACGGGGCGAUGACUAGAUCACGAGGAAAUAGAAAUGAGAAUGGAGCAGAGACUCAAAGGAAGGAGGAUACAGGUGAAGAGGAUGAUGGAAUGGAGGUAGGAGGGAAACAGGGAGAUGGAAGGGCAGGAAAGAAGAUGAAUAAAAAGAGGAAGAAAAUAAAUGAGUUGAGGUCGGAAAGUAGUUCGAUAGAUAGUGAGGAAGAUAGGGACACGAUGGAAAUGGUCAAGGAAGAGCAUCUAACCUCGUCCCUGUUGGCGGUAGCCUUCCUCUCUUCUUUUGGGAGCUCAAUGCUGUAUGGUUAUAACCUGGCUGUUGUUAAUUCUCCUGCAGAGUACAUAAAGGACUUUUAUAACCAAACCAUUGUGAGGCGGAAUGGGUCAGGAGUGGAUAAAGAGACUCUCACACUUAUUUAUUCAGUCACUGUGUCUAUAUUUGCCAUUGGAGGCCUGGUGGGCUCUCUCACAGUGGGAAUUCAGGUUACCAGAUUUGGGAGGAGAGGGACACUAGUACACAGCACAGUUCUGGUGUUUAUCGCCGGAGUGCUGAUGGGCUUCAGCCGAUUAUGUGGAUCUCCAGAGAUGAUCAUCGUUGGGCGCUUCAUUAUAGGGAUACACUCAGGGAUUUCUCUCAGCGUAGUGCCCAUGUAUCUAGGAGAAAUUGCUCCGAAGAAUCUCCGGGGCUUCCUAGGGCUUGUGCCCAGCAUCUUCAUCUGUAUAGGAGUGUUUAUCGCUCAGAUUCUGGGACUCCAUGAGAUCUUGGGCAAGGAAGAGCACUGGCCUCUGUUCCUCUCUCUAGUUGUGGUGCCUCCAUUCAUACAACUCAUGUUGUUGCCAUGGUUCCCAGAGAGUCCGAGAUAUCUGUUGAUGGAAAAGCAGAACAUUCAUGCCACUAUCACAGCACUGAAGUGGUACAGUCCCAAAAGUAACAUCCAAGCUGAGGUGGAGGAGAUGCAGGAAGAGCAGCGCUCUUUGUCCUCAGUAGAGACUGUCUCAGUAUUGCAGCUCUUCAGGGAUCCGUCUGUUCGCUGGCAGCUUGUUACUGUUCUUGUGGUCAAUGCUGGGAUGCAGCUGUCUGGAAUCGAUGCGAUUUGGUUCUACACCAAUGCCAUCUUUGAGAAUGCGGGUAUUCCUGCUCAUCAGAUUCAGUACACAACCGUGGGCACUGGAGCCAUAGAGGUCAUCGCUGGACUCAUAGGGUGCUUUACUAUUGAGCGUGUGGGUAGGAGGCCUCUGAUGAUUGGUGGCUUCAGCUUUAUGGGUGUGUGCUGCGCUGGAAUCACUUUCUCCCUACUAUUACAGGCUCACGUGUCCUUCAUGCGGUAUGUCAGUGUGGCCUGUGUGGUCGGAAUCAUCGCAGGGUUCUGCAUUGGGCCUGCUGGUGUCCCAUUUCUCAUGACAGGAGAGCUCUUUAAACAAUCCCAUCGACCUUCUGCCUACAUUGUAGGAGGAUUUCUCAACUGGAUAUCAAACUUCACUGUGGGAUUUGUCUUUCCAUUCCUUCAGAUGUCAGCUGGUGCGUUCUGUUAUCUGGUGUUCUGUGGUGUGUGUGUGGGGGUGGCAGCCUACGUUUUCUUCAUCAUCCCUGAAACAAAGAACAAAACCUUUGUGGAGAUCAGUCAGAUGUUCGCUUCAAGAAAUGCUUGUGAAAUUGAAAACCAGCCGCUGGGAAUCACUGACCAACUCGGGCUCAAAAAAAUGAAUGGGUAUGGUGCACUGGUGCCUGGAGAUGUGGACAAAGUGGACAGGACAGAGAAAUAGUGGUGAAGAAAGAGGGCAGUAUUGUUUGUAUGCUGUGUUCUGGUGCUACAAACCACUCUUCUGUGCACUGCGAGAAUGUGGUGUUUUCAUGAAUUAUCUGUCAUUAGAUCACUUACAAAUAGUGAGCCCAUAUGACAAGUACUAAAGAGCUUUUAUUUGCAAGUCUUCUGAAGCCAAACAAUAGUUUGUGUAAUGAACAGACUAAAAAUGGAGCUUAUGCACUCAUAUGUGACCCUGGACCACAAAACCAGUAUUAAGUCGCUGGGGUAUAUUUAUAGCAAUAGCCAAUAAUACAUUGUAUUGGGCAAAAUUAUAGAUUUUUCUAUUAUGCCAAAAAUCAUUAGGAUAUUAAGUAAAGAUCAUGUUCCAUGAAGAUAUUUUGUAAAUUUCUUAAUGUAAAUGUAUCAAAACUUAAUUUUUGAUUAGUAAUAUGCAUUGCUAAGAACUUUAUUAGGACAACUUUAAAGGCGAUUUUCUCAAUAUUUAAAAAGUUUUUGCACCCUCAGAUUCCAGAUUUUCAAAUAGUUGUAUCUCGGCCAAAUAUUGUCCGAUUCUAACAAACCAUACAUCAGUGGAAAGCUUAUUUAUUCAGGUUUCAGAUUAUGUAUAAAUCUCAAUUUCGAAAAAUUGACACUCAAGACUGGUUUUGUCGUCCAGGGUCACAUAUGCACUCAUAUCUAUGCACAAUAUGCACUCGUAUCUCAUAUUAUUGCUCAACUAGUAACCAAAUGUCAAAUCUGUACAAUAGAUGCCAUAUUUUGAUUUUAUAAUGUCAUUAAUUGCAUUUUUCUCAAGAAAGAUUGCAGCACAUUCAAAUUUAAACUUCCCGAGAGCUUCAGUUUUGGUUUGUUCCUCACACAAAGCUUUCGUAUGCCUUCAGAAGGCUAAGAAUAUAGAGCACAUGUCAUGGACUACAGUACAGUUCAAAAAUUUGGGGUUGGUAAGAUUUUUUUCUCUUCUGCUUACCAAGGCUGCAUUAACUUGACCAAAAAUACAGUAAAAACUGCAAUUUGAAAUAACUGUUCUCUAUUUUAACAUACUGUAAAAUGCAAUUUAUGGUGAAAAGCUGAAUUUUCAGCAUCAUUCCUCCAGUCUUAAGUGUCACGUGAUCCUUCAGAAAUCAUUCUAAUAUGCUGAUUUGCUGCUCAAGAAUUUUUGUUUUACUAUUAUCAUCAAUGUUGAUUGAUCAUUCUUUAAUGAAUAGAAUGUUCAAAAGAACAGCAUUUAUUUGAAAUAGAUUUUUUUGUAACAUAAUAAUUUCAAUUCAAUGCAUCCUUGUUCAAUGCAUCCAAAUAUUUGAACAGCAGUGUACUUUUGUAGUGUAGAAAAUGAGAAAAUGAUUUUUUUUUAUCAUAACCUCAGGUUGCAUUGCAGGUAAACUGUUCCUGUUCUGCAAAUCACUAAAUAAGAAUGCAUUGGCUAAAUGACAAAUAACCAAAGAACCUGUCAUGUGCUCCUUAUAUGGUUUAUACUCCAAGAAAACAAGGAUUUUAAUUUAUCCUACCUGUUGAAAUCUGUGACUUGUCAUAUAUAACAUGGGUAAAAGUAUCAUUAUA